UGCUUGGCAGCCAACUGCUGUUGUUGCUAUUAAAUGUUUGUGCAUUUUGUAUUCUCUUUUACGUUCUGAUGUUUGAGUGUGUGAGAGUAUGUUUUGCUUUAUUUUCGAUUGUGUGUGUAUUCAUUUAUCGAGGCUUGAAAGAAGAACAGAAGAAGAAACAACAACAAAAAACAACGACGAAACGAAAAAUUCAACGUAAUACCACAAAACUUGAAAUAAACGUACAUCAGUUUUUCUUUGUGCCUCAGGAGUUUAGACGUGGUUUUUAUGUUUAACAACGAGUCGGUUAAAAUUUGUUGUGAAAUUUGCUUAAAAAUAUUACAAAACAAAAAAAUAUAUUAAAUAUUUAAAAAAAUAAACUAGAAAAGUUUAAUAACAACAGUGUUUAUUUAAAUUUGUUUAAAAAAUAAUAUUAAUAGUUUUACUGAAGAACCUUUCAAAAUGCCUUGUUGCCAACAAGGAUUACAACCCUGAUACGACCAAGAGAAUAGAUAAGGAAAUCUCUCAAAAUAAACUGAUUUUAAGAAAAGAUCUACCAAUAAAAAUAUCACAAAAAAAUAUCUGAAUAUUAAAAUAUAAAUUAAAUAAAGCAUACAUAUCUCAAAAGGAGCUUUUGUUGCUUCAAUUCACGAUUGAUCAUCAAAAUACAAACAUGUUUAAUUUUCACAAACCCCGAACUUAUCGUUCAACGGAAGGAUGUUGCAUCUGUAGAGCCAAAUCGAGUAGUUCACGUUUCACGGACUCGCGCAAAUAUGAAAGGGAUACCAUGCAAUGUUUUGAUCUCAAAUACCCCCGGCAGGGUGAAAUAUGUAACGCUUGCGUAUUGCUGGUGAAACGUUUUAAACGUUUGCCUGUAGGCAGUAAACGUAACUGGAGUCAUAUAGUGGAUGCUAAAGCAGGUAUUGGUCCGGGUUACAGUAAAAUCCAAACGAAAUACAAAAGUGAAAGAAUUAACUCAAGAGCAGCAGCUCAACAACAACAACAGGUCAAUACAUCUACUUCCCCCUCUACAAGCAAUAUCAAUAAUGGUACAGUUAAUGCAGGUGCUGCCAGCUCUCUAAAUGGCUUGAAUUUUAUACCUGAAAAAUUUUCGAAAAUCUUUAAGAAAACCAGAAAACCUAAGGACACUUCGUCUACGGCGCAUUCCUCUAAGCGCAAGUCCGCCAACAAUGGCUGGUCUCAAAAUAACACACAAUCCUUGCCUACUGCAACCGAUUCGUUAGACAGUGAUUAUGAAGAUACAAGAAUACAUGUGUCCUUAUCGGGAGGAGCCCCCACCGGCAGUACUGUAGUACAAUUUCAGACACAAACAAGAGCUUCGGCUUAUAAAGCUCAGGCAGCAGCCGAAGCCCGCAAGAAAAUAAUAAAGUUGGGCACAAAACGACGAAAGUGUUUGCCGCCUCGCAAACAUCGACGUUCGUCGGUGCAAGAAGAAACGAUGGAAUUUUUCGAUGAAGAGGAAUGGCGUGAACGUAAAUCUUGUUGUGGCAUGUUAUACGAGUGUGCUGCUUUAGGCGGAGCUCUAUUGAUUGAUGCAGCUAAUUACAAGCCCUGUGAACAACACCAACCGUCAAGGCUAAGCCCGCCAGAAGCAACAACUACUACUAAUAAUAAUAGCAAUAAUGAUACUAAAGUUACAACUAUUCCGCAAUUACAAAAACCCAUCAUACAAACAAUGCCAGCGGUGGUGCAAUUGCAACCACCUCAAGCACCAGCUCCGUCUGUGUCAGUAACAUUCUCUACGCAAUCAAACAACGGCACCAAUCUUAAUCACAAUUUCAAAACGGCAACGACGACUACCGUCAAACCCACUCCAGUGCUUAAGAAACAUCAUUUAUUCUUUAAAAGACAAUCAGAAUGCUUUCCACAAGGUGACAUGGUCACAGCAACACACAACAACAAUGAUACAAAUAAUUCCCCAGCACAUAAUGUAAACAUUAUCAAGACUGAGUCUGAAUUUCAUGUACCACAUCAACAACACCUUCAGCAUCAACAGCAACAUCAUCAUCAGCAAAAUAGUACAAUAACUUUACAAAGACACAUCGAAAAUGCCAUACAUUCUAGUUCCCCAGCCAAUACAACCACAAUUUUAACAAAUCCCCUAACAUCAUCAGCAUUAAGCAUUUCGGUAACAUCAUCAUCAUCCGCCUCAGCUUCUACGUCUGUGUCGUCUAUGCCACAAAUGCCUAAACAUUCCUUAGCUAAGGUGACCACCAUAUCGCCACCACAAACAUCAUCUCUGCAACACAAUCACCACCAGCACCAUCACUCGUCGAACAGCAGCAAUAGUACGCAACUGCCUUUGGCAAAACCCAACAGUUUUCUGCAUAAAAUUAAAGCCGAUACUGGCAAAAUUGUUAAACAUUCAUUGGAGAAGUUUAACACCGCCGUUAGACUUAAGACCAGUGAUUUACACGAAAUUAAACCCAUUAUUCGAACUGUCGAUAAAUCGUAUAUACUAGCUAAGCCACCAACACAAGCCAAUAUUAUUACUUUAAAUGCCAACAGCACCACCACCAACACCGCUACAGCUACUUAUCAAUCGCUGGCCUCAUAUAAUGCCGCCGCACAGCAGCCUCUAACUAUGGCCACACUAUCGGCUGCGUCACCGACCUCGUCUACAUCCUCAACAUCAUCGUCCACCAAAUUUAGUGAUAAUUCUUCCGAUUCUGGUUUCGAUGAGAAUAUGUUGGAUCGUAAAUCAGCUAGUCCAUUGCAAGAAGAUUGUGAAAAGAAAAUUUUAAGUCGUCCCGGUGUCCAGACCAUGUUUUUGGCUAGCGGCGUGCAAAUUCAAGGCCAGCCACAAAAUUUGGUUUUAACCGGCAACGAGGUGGCAGCCAAAAUUUUACAAAAUCGUAAAUACAGCUCAAUAACUACAACUCCCAUCACAUCAAAUCCUCGUUCUCAUCACCCCACAACGACAGCCGUUAAAAUUGCUCAAAUCUCAACAGCUCCAUCAACUUCGUCGUCUGCAGCAAACAGCGGCGGCGGUUCAGCAACGUCUAUGAGCUCAGCAGCUCAGGCUAAAAUGCGUGCAAUAUAUAAUAACAAUAAUACGAUACAACAUGAGAAUGGUAUAACAACAAUUGUGCCAGCCUCCUCAUUGCUGGCCACAACACAAACAGCAGCCAUGCAAAAUAUUGCACCCAGUACGGUAACUAUAACACCGGCACCACCGGUGGGAACACAAUACAAUACACAAAAUGUUAUAUCACGUAAAUUGACAACGGCCAAUAUAAUUAAUUUACAAAGCAAUACAACAACAAACUUAAGCAAUUUACACAACAAUACUAGUGGCAAUCUUCACCAUCAACAUCAUCUUCAACAUCAUCAGCAGCAUCAUCAUUUAAGUAGUAAUAAGAAUCAUCAUAAUAACACGACAAAUCAAAAAAUUAUAUUAUUAAAAACGUCAGCUAAUAAUACAACAACAUUAACUGCAGCAGCAGCAACUUAUAAUACUCUGUCAGGAGGACAACAGCAACAACAUGUUGGUGGAGGUGGGCGUUAGGUUUUUUUUUGUUUAUCAUUACAACAGUACAUUAUAAAUGCUUGUAGGCUUUUCCUUUUGUUUUUGAAAGGCCAUCUUUCUAUUAAGCUACUAUUCAUUUUGUAUAAAAAAAAUACUUUCCUGCUAUUACUAUUACUAUAUAUUAUAAUUUUUUAUUUUAUUUCCUAAGCUUAUUUAAGAAAUCCUUCUAUUCUUAACAAUCUCCUUAGCAAUUCUAUUGACCCGUCUGUACUUUGAUAUUUUUUAUUUUUUUGAUAUAUAGAAUUCUAAUUUAUUUUAUUUUUUGAACCCUGUUAAUGUGAAUCUAAUUGAAUACUUUUUAUUUUACUCUCUUUUUGUUUAAUACUCAACAAAAAUAAUUUGUUUUUACACAAAUGUUUAAUAAAUUAAAUCCUUUUCUCUAAAUUUAAAGUGAACUUAUCUAGUGGCUUCUUAAAAGAAUAAAAACAUGUUUUUUUUUUAUAAAAAAAAAAUCUUUAAAAGAAAACGCAUUAGUCUUAAAUAAAUCUUUUUUUAUUGUACAUUUCUUUUAUUCCAAAAACGCCAUUUUUUCUUAUAAAUAAUUUCCUUUAUUUUCUUUUUUUUGUAUAUACUUUUAAAAUUCCUUUUUUUUUCCAAAAUUUCUCUUUGUGUAAAAAAUUGUUCUUAAUUAAGUCUUUCCUUAACAUUUUAUAUACUUUAUAUAUAUAUGCAUUUUUUCUUUGUUGUUUCAUAUUUUUAAGAUUUUUUUUAAACAAUUAGUUUUAAAAAAAAAUUCCCCAAGAAAUCAAUAAACAAAAAAUCAACAUUUUAAAAAUAUAA